AUGUAUGCUACCCCUUAUCCCCACACGCCUGAACCUGCAAAUGGCAUUACUCAUGACAAUGUCGGAGAACAGACACCGAAAUCGACUGGCUCGACGGGACCCCUUGUCUACCCUGCCGGACAUGUCUACAUCUUCUCCUUCCUCCACUCCGCCACGGACGAAGGACGAAACAUCGCCCUUGCGCAACUCAUAUUCGCUGGACUGUACCUCGUUACAUUAGCUCUCGUCAUGGCAACUUACCGGCAAUCCGGUGCUCCGCCGUACCUAUAUCCUCUUCUUGUCGUGUCGAAGCGGCUACAUAGCAUUUUCAUGCUGAGGAUGUUCAACGAUGGAGUUGCUACACUGUUCCUUUGGGCAACGAUAUACAUGCUUCAGAAACGCCGAUGGCGCACGGCUGUUUUGUUUUGGUCCGCGGGUGUAAGCGUGAAAAUGACGCUUCUCCUCGUUGCUCCUGCGCUUGCGGUAAUCUUAACACUGUCUGUGGGAUUUCCCAACGCAGUUGGCCUGGGAAUGCUGUCCUUGCUUCUACAACUUCUCAUCGCUGUUCCCUUCCUCCAAAGAAAUCCAGUUGGAUAUUUCUCGAGGGCAUUUGAAUUUACGAGGCAGUUUCUCUUCAAAUGGACAGGCCUUCUCAAUGUCUUUAUUGACAGUGCACCUAUCUCUUCUAUUUCUCUUACUCAAAUUCUCCUGGCUCUCUCCGUCCGGAAAGAGUCCGACAAAGCUGGUUCAAGACAUUUUGCAGGGGAAAACCACACGCUAUCAUUUGAAAAGCGGGUUCGUCAGCAAAACAAUGUUGACCUCACUGGUUGUAGGUCUCCUCUGUGCAAGAAGCUUGCACUACCAGUUCUUUUCGUACCUCGCAUGGGCGACACCGUUGCUGCUCUGGCAAUCAAACGUCGGGCCAUUGCGCAUUUUCGCUAUAUGUUUAAUCCAAGAAUACGCCUGGAACGUGUAUCCAAGCACUUUCUGGAGCUCAAUGACGGUUGUACUAGUCCUUGCGCAACAAGUCCUAGCCUCUGCUCUCUAGCGACGAUAAAACAACGGACGUUCUUUGUGCUUCGCAAGAGCAAUCGAGUGUGGAAGUUCAUGCAUAAAGGCUUGAUUAUGCAAUCGUAUAAAUUACUCCUGAUUCCAUUAUCCGCUAUCAUUCCUCAUCUGAGUCGUCCAAUGGCGGCAUUUUCCCAACGUUGGAGUCUUCGUCAUCGCUGUCCGGCACAGGCUGUCUCACGAACUCUUUAG